UAUUUGUACAUUACAGAAAUAAUGUAUUUAGCAAGAAAUCUGGUGUUUGACUCAUACGAAAACUUGUCCAACUUAUAAUAUCAAGACAAAAAACAAGAGGAGAAUCAUUACGAGUAUUUCACAAAGUUACAUGCACAAAUCUAGAAUUUUUAAUUCAUAACUUCAAUAGUACGGUGAAUCAUAUUUAGAUUAAAUUAUUGUAUUGGUCCCCGAGUAAUUAAAUUGGUUUAUGGUGUGUAUAUAUACUAUAUUAUUACCAUAUGUAUUACCACUAUACUUUGCAGGUUUGGCUUAAUGAGGAAGAAGGCUUGAAGUUGAAGCUGAGACUUGAACGUUGCCAUAUCAUAAAGAGGAAAACCAAAAGUAAAAUCUAUACACAGUACUGUAGCAUUGUAUGAUAGUUAUAGUAUGCUGCUAUAAUGCUUUGAAUAUGCUUCUCUUUCUCUCUGUAUCUCUGGUUUUGUGUGUAUGUGUGUGGAUUCUGGCGUGUUCCUGAAGCUAUGCCGUUAAAGCUUGUCUUUGCUUCCUCUUGGCCGUUAGUACCACCAAUUACCAAGACCACAUUGCUUUAACAAAGACUUUUUGUUUCUCAAAACCACAUUUAUACAUUUUUCAGCAUUUAAUACUCUGCUCAACACUCCCUACUGUGGAUUCCUCUUCCAGCUUGCUUUCCCUUUCUCCUGGUUUCAAGGUUUUCAUCUCCCAAUUGCUUUCAUUUUUCUCUUCAUUUUACUUUUUAGCGAGUUCAUGUUCUUUAAGCUUCGCAUUGCUGCUGUUUGUGUGCUCAAAGUGAGUACAAUGUUUAUGGUGAAUCCAAGGAGAAUAUUCUUUUAAUGAAUAAAGUGAUUUUGAAAUUGAUUUUAGCUAAUUUUGUGGACUUCUGUUAUUAUAUGUAAUGAUGUUCUUGUCUUCAAAAAAUGAGAAAAAUUUUAGUACAGCUUAACUAAGAACUCAAAAAACUAAUUGUUUUUCUGCAUUGCAUGCUUGGUUAUAUGUUACAAUUGCUCCUUUUGAUCAAUGUGUAAUAUUUUGUGUGAAAUCUGAAUUGCUAGGGAAACAAGUGGACUGCUGAAACCAGGCAACCAGUUCCAUUCCAGCCUCUCAUCUCAGGCACCUUGAUUCAACAAGUAAAUUUGAUGAUGCUACAGUCCUACUUUUCAACAAUUCCAAUUUUCCUACUCCUGCUAGUGUUUCCUCAAACUAAAGCUGAUCUACACUCAGAAAAGCAAGCUCUUCUUGAUUUUGCUGCUGCACUUCAUCAUGGUCCAAGAGUCAAUUGGAACUCUAGUACCUCAAUCUGCACUUCAUGGGUGGGAGUUACAUGUAGUCAUGAUGGGUCCCAUGUGCUUUCUGUGAGGCUUCCAGGUGUGGGACUGCGCGGUUCUGUCCCACCAAACACACUUGGUAAGCUUAAUGGCCUCAUUAGUCUCAGUCUUAGGUCCAACAGCUUGAGGGGGAACCUUCCAAGUGACCUACUUUCCCUUCCUUCUCUGCGCUUUGUAUAUCUCCAACACAACAACUUCUCAGGUCAUAUUCCUGAUUCACUGCCACCCCGGCUUAUCUUUCUUGAUCUGUCCUAUAACUCUUUCACAGGUCAAAUUCCAGACUCAAUCCAAAACUUGACACAUCUAAUAGGACUCAACCUCCAAAACAACUCUCUCUCAGGAUCCAUUCCUGAUGUUAACCUCCCUACCCUUAAGAUUUUGGAUUUAAGCUUCAACUACUUGAAUGGUUCUAUUCCUUCAUUUUUCCGUAAGUUUACUGGCUCCUCAUUUAGAGGGAAUAUGAUGUUAUGUGGAGCACCUUUGAAACAUUGUUCUUCAGAUUCCACUUCUACCACAUUGUCUCCAUCAACAGUCUCUCAAAGACCAAGUGAUCCAUCAAACAGGAAAAUGAACAAGGGGGCAAAAAUAGCAAUUAUUUUGGGGGUUGUCACUUUGCUGUUUCUUCCAGGUCUUAUGGUAGUGUUUUGCUGUUUCAAGAAAAAAGUUGGUGAACAAAAUGUUGCACCUGCAGAGAAAGGUCAGAAGCUUAAGGAGGACUUUGGUAGUGGUGUGCAAGAACCUGAGAGAAACAAGCUUGUAUUCUUUGAAGGUUGUUCUUAUAAUUUUGAUCUGGAGGACUUGUUAAGAGCUUCAGCUGAAGUGCUUGGGAAGGGAAGUUGCGGAACGACAUAUAAAGCCAUCUUGGAGGAUGGAACAACAGUGGUUGUGAAGAGGUUAAAAGAGGUGGCAAUGGGGAAAAAAGAAUUUGAACAGCAAAUGGAGAUUGUUCAAAGACUUGAUCAUCACCCAAAUGUGAUUCCCCUCCGUGCUUACUACUACUCCAAAGAUGAAAAAUUAAUGGUUUACGACUACUGCACAGCCGGAAGUUUUUCCAAGUUACUGCAUGGAACCAGGGAAACUGGACGAGCUCCACUAGAUUGGGAUUCAAGAUUGAAGAUUGUGGUUGGAGCUGCAAGGGGUGUUUGUCAUAUUCACUUAGCCAAUGGAAGGAAACUUGUCCAUGGCAAUAUAAAAUCAUCUAAUGUGAUUCUCACAAUAGAUCUCCAGGGCUGUAUAUCAGAUUUUGGCCUAACUCCCCUGACAAAUUUCUGUGCCUCCUCUAGAAGUCCAGGCUAUGGAGCACCUGAAGUUAUUGAACAAAGAAAGUCCACCCAAAAAUCUGAUGUGUACAGCUUUGGUGUUCUCCUUCUUGAGAUGCUGACUGGCAAAACACCAGUUCAGUAUUCAGGGCAUGAUGAAGAGGUUGAUCUUCCAAAGUGGGUCCAAUCUGUUGUUAGAGAGGAAUGGACUGCUGAAGUGUUUGAUCUUGAGUUAAUGAGGUAUCCAAACAUUGAAGAUGAACUUGUGCAGAUGCUGCAACUGGCAAUGGCAUGUGUAGCAGUGAUGCCUGACUCAAGACCCUCAAUGGUGGAAGUUGUUAGAACAAUAGAAGAAAUUAGAGCUUGCAUUUAUUAAAACCAGCCAUCAGUGUGGGAGGACAGGUUCAAAGGAUCCUACGAUUUCACUCUAUACAACUAAAUGGAUGACGGCUACUCAGCAGAGGAAGAUACAUGAAUAUUUUCCAGAUGCCAUGACAGCAAACUGCAAGAUCAAUAUACAUCCAUUGCCAACAUGCAUAGUCAAGAUUUGUUUGAGGCCUUAGCAUCAAAAGAAAAAUACUUGUAUUUUUAAGCAUCUUGCCACCUUUUUAUUUUUUCAUGAUUGCUUUUUCUUGAUGUUUAAAACCACACUGAAAUAAUAGGUCAAAAUUCGAUCAAUAUAAAAUCAUAUCUAUUCAUUUAGCUUCUCGUGCCAUGCAAGUUUUCCCAACGUGAUGUACUCAAUAAGUAAAUAUGUAUAAAUUUCUUUUUUGAAAAAACAAACAGAAUCGCACC